UUUUAUUUCAUUAGUCUUGGACAGAAACAAAAUCAGACAGAAAAAAAUUAUUAUGCAACUAUUUUUGAAAAUUAAUUACAAUCAGUUUUUCCUCUGGUUGUGAGGAAGAGCUGAUUCUGUUUCCUGUCACCGUAAACCGAAGUUACAGUGACACCAACACCGGUCUGCAGAUAAACACCGGUUUCCAUGACGACGCUGCCAACGUGGUCUGAAGGUCACCUGUGCAGACUAAAGCAACCAACAGGUGAGCCGGUUCACAUGACUGUCUGCCUGACAGCAGCUACAACCUGAUAGGCCGGAGCUGGGGCAGUGAUGUCAUCUGAUAGGCUGUAACCUGGCAACCAGGUGUGUCACAGAGGAGGAGAGAAGAAGAAACAGAAGAACACAAGUCAGAUAGAGAGGAGCAGAAGGAGGAGGAGGAGGAACAAGGAGCUGAAGAGAUUAGGUGUGAAGGAGGAGUAAGAAAGGACUUAAGAGCAAGAGGAGGAGUUGGAGAUAAAGGAGAAGUUAAGGAGAAAGAGGAGUAAGAAGAGUUAAAAGAAGAGUUGAGGAGUCCAAGGAGGAGAUGGAGCGCAGUGUGAUCCGGCUGAGUCACUGUCAGAAGGAGAUCUUCUGUUUCUCUGUGCCAGAAGAUUGUCCGAGCUGCGGGGAGGUGCUGAGGGGAAACAGACUGCAGGAAGCGCCGGUCAGCCUUCCCUCCCCCUUCACCGACGGACACAAGAGCUCCUGCUGCCUGCUGGUUGCACCUGCACACAACAACCCGGGCAGAGAGUUUGAUGGGACAUCAGAUCUGCACACAGGCAUCUCAAACACCAAAGGAGUUGUGUAUAACUACACUCGGGGUGGGGUCCUCAGAGAUCAGAGUGGGUGGGAGCGCUGCGUCAGUGUUCCUCUGGUCCGACCUGACAUGUUCCACCUGCUGGCUCAGUGGGACCAGUACCUGGACCACUUCUCUGACGGAUCCAUGUGGGACCCCGCCUGGCACAGGUUCGACGAGGAGCACCAGAACUGCUUCACUUACUGUCUUCACUUCAUUAACAGCGUCCUGGCAACGGAGGGGCGGAGCUCUCUGAGCAGAGAGACCUUCACUCACAGCUUCAUCCUGCCGAGGAUGAGGAGGGUCUCCAAGUACACCACGCUGUAUGACCACAUCCAGAGACAUCAGUACUACAUGGUGGACAGACAGGAGGACAGACAGGAGGACAAACAGGAGGACAGAGCAGUUUGAUUUUGAUUGAUGAGUGUGUUCAGCUGCUGGAUGAGUCAAAACUUUAGAUUAAAUUUAAUUUAACAAGUAACAACUGGAAAAAUGUCGGUGCUCUAAAACUUUUACAUGUACAUCAGAUAAUAUGAAGUAUAGAUGUGUGUAUAUACACUAUAUGUGUGUGUAAAUGCUGUAUGUGGACACACAAGUACACACGUUCAUAUGUACUGAGUGUUUUUGUAUGUUUUUCUCGUGUUGACAGAAACUUGUCUGUCUGAUAUAACUGUCACAGCUUUAUAAGAAAUGAUAUGGGGUCAUAAAUGUCAAUAUAAAACUGUU